AUCAUUUCAAGUAUAUUUUCGUAAUUUCAGUUGCCCACAAAGGCACAGGGGAAGAGUCAUUCUUCUUCUUCCGACGGAUCCAACUCUUCUCUUCAUCGACAAAUCAUCACACCCUAAAACACAAACUAACGAAGUGAAAAUUUUUCUUCAUUCAAACGAAAAAAGAAAGAAAUUUUGAGGGAAAAGGUACGCUUUUAUCAACAGCCCAUCAAACUUGCAACAAUUUGCAAUGUUAGUGUUGUGUUAUUUAGUUGUUUUUUUAAAUAUUUUUUGAUAAACUCUUGCGCAUAAAACCAUGAUUUCGAAUCCGAAUCUUGUGUUUUACGCAUGCAUUGCAAAAGGUUCACUUAUUCUUGGAGAAUUUUUGUCAAGAGAAAUAAGUGAAGUUUUAGCUCGACAAUGUGUUAACAAAACCCCACCACACCAUUCAAUGUUCUCUCAUACGGUGUCUAAUCGAACUUAUACGUUUUUAAUCAAUGACCCUUUUACGUAUUUCGGGAUAUUUGAUGAGAAUAUUGAGAAAUCAGACUUGCUUGGCUUCUUGAAUAGUCUUAAAUCGUCUUUUGAGGAGAUUUUUGCUAGAGGAUCGGUGUUGGAUUUUGAUAAUAUGGCUAGUCGUUGUUUACAAUCUCAAUUUGAUGCGGUUUUUUGUGAGAUAAUGGGUUUGGAUUUAGAGUUUUUAAAUUCUUCGAGAAGUGGGUCGAAUGAUCUUCGAAAUUCGAGUGUGGAUUCGUCAAGAGGGAGGAUGGUGGUGGCUCCUUUGCUCGGGAAGCCAAAAGGAUUGAAGAAAAAGAAAAGAGCAAGUACUGAGAGAGGAGCUGCAGAGGGGGAUGCUAAAGAUGUUAGUGGGGAGAAGAAGGUUGAUGUGUGUGAUGAUGUGUUAAUGCAGAAGAAUGCCUUGUAUGCAGUUGAUGGACAAAAGGUGAAACAAACAUGGAAAAAACAUGUUUGGGUUGUCUUGGCGUUGGACUUGAUCAUUUGUUUUGUUUUAUUUGGGAUUUGGCUGAUGGUCUGCCAGGGGUUUCAAUGUAUUGAUGGUUGAGUUUUUGUUUCUUGGGGGUCUGUUUUCAAUGUAUAUGAGUGAUUUAACUCUCAAGUUGAUUGAGGAUUCUACAUGUAUGACAAAGAAGAUGUAUGCUGGAGAAGAAUGUACCAUAAAUGGGGGGAUAAGAGUAAAUGGUGUCAAUGAGUUCUCAUGGGGUGUUUUUGGUUUCCACUGGUAAUUUUUUUAGUUUCUUUCAUCAAUGGUUGGUUUGUAUCAAUUUCAAGACAAGUCAUAGAUCUUCUGUAUUAAAUUUCUUUACUUGCACAUUAUUGUAAUGAGUUCGAUUGUGUAUACCUAUUCACUACAGAUAAAACUUGUGCUGGCAUUGGCUUCA